AUGAGUCCGGUGGAUAAGGCCCCCGUCCCCUUGUGGGCGAGGGAUGUCGUGAGCGAUCUCAAGUCCGACGCCAGUACGUUCACUAGUUGGGACAAGUGCAUGUCCAAGGCUUACUGCAAGUGGCCCGUUAUCGUCGCUAUCAUCAUCGCCGCGCUGAUUGUCCUCUCCGUCAUUGCCUGCGUGAUCAAUUGCCUGUGCUGUGGUGUGCAAUGCUGCAAAUGCUGUUGUGGAUGUUGCUUCAAGUGCUGUCCGGGUUUCAAGAGAAAGAGGAACAAGCAGAAGUACUUGGACGACCAAUAUGAUCAACCGCCCCCCAUGCCUGCUAUGCCGACCAUGCCAGCACCUAUGAACAAUGCCUAUCAGACACCCUACCAACCACAGGCACCGCCCGUGUACCGUGGAGCAGAGGUUGCACGAUUCGAUACGCCGUCGAGUCCUGCCAACGGGAAGUUUGACGAGGAUGCGUUGCCCGCCAUGCCUACCUGGGAAAGUGCCGUGACAAAGAAGGUCGAGGAUGAGAACCCCCACGCGGAAUCACUCGAGAUGAAGCCUCUGAGCAAUGCGAACCAGGAGCCUCGUCGCAUGCCUUCUGGAGCCCGGUCUGUUACGGGAGGCUACGGGGGGCCUCCGCCGUUGAGGACCGGAACGCCUGCUGCGCCAGGCGCAUACCAUGCUGAGCCUCGAGGAUACGACGGAUAUGAUGGACCGGACGCAUAUGGCUAUCACGCCCCCGGCCCACGGUCGCCUCCGCCCGUUUCUCCAUAUGAGCAUCAGCCUUACAGCGAGUAUCCUCACGAAGACCGCUUCCAUAACAUGUCACCGGCACCCACCUACACCACCCAACCGCAGUAUAUGCCUAUGGACGCGACUCAGCCUCAUCAUGCACCUAUGGAUGGCAUGCAGCCAUACCAGAUGCCCAUGGACGGCAUGCACCCGGACUAUAUGCCCCCAGAGCCUGCGCACCCGCACUACAUGCCGCAGCAUCAGAUGCCUCCGGAUACCGGCACGUACGGACAGCCGAUGCCGAUUAACAGGACCUUCUCUCCAGCUCCGACGCUCCACUCGGCUAUGAAUGCGCCUCGUCCGGUCCCGUACCGCCAGCCUUCCCCCGGCUUCCAGGCACCGCCAUACCGCAACAUGUCCCCAGCGACUCCCACGUCGCCCCCUCCUCCUUUCUCUACGACCCCUGCGCCUCGCGAAGCCAAUGAACCGGGCCGGCCCCCGAGUCUUUUGCAAAGCGGACGCAGGCCUACCAACUUUUAA